AUGCGCGGCGGGCAGGGCGCGGCGCGGGCCCCGGUGAUCCAGUUCACCAACUGCCGCAUCCUGAGGGGUGGCGCGCUGCUCAGGGAGGACCUCUGGGUGCGCGGGGGCCGCAUCCUGGACCCGGAGAAGCUGUUCUUUGAGGAGCGGCGCGUGGCUGACGAGCAGCGGGACUGCGGCGGUUGCAUCCUGGCGCCCGGCUUCAUCGACGUGCAGAUAAACGGUGGGUUUGGCGUUGACUUCUCACAGGCCUCGGAGGACGUGGGUUCGGGGGUUGCCCUGGUGGCCCGGAGGAUCCUGUCGCAUGGAGUCACCUCUUUCUGCCCCACGUUGGUUACAUCACCACUGGAGGUUUAUCACAAGGUCCUUCCUCAGAUCCCCGUGAAGAGUGGUGGUCCCCAUGGGGCAGGGGUCCUCGGGGUGCACCUGGAGGGCCCGUUCAUCAGCCGGGAGAAGCGGGGCGCACACCCGGAGGCCCACCUGCGCUCCUUUGAGGCCGACGCUUUCCCGGACCUGCUGGCCACCUACGGGGGCCUGGACAAUGUCCGCAUCGUGACGCUGGCCCCCGAGCUGGGCCACAGCCACGAGGUGAUCCGGGCGCUGACGGCCCUCGGCAUCUGUGUGUCCUUAGGGCACUCGGUGGCUGACCUGGGGACGGCAGAGGAAGCUGUGCAGAGUGGGGCCACCUUCAUCACCCACCUCUUCAACGCCAUGCUGCCUUUCCACCACCGCGACCCGGGCAUCGUGGGGCUCCUGACCAGCGAUCGGCUGCCCGCAGGCCGCCGUAUCUUCUAUGGGAUGAUUGCUGAUGGCAUACACACCAACCCGGCCGCCCUGCGCAUCGCCCACCGGGCCCAUCCCAAGGGGCUGGUGCUGGUCACUGAUGCUGUCCCUGCACUGGGCUUGGGCAACGGCCGACACACGCUGGGGCAGCAGGAGGUGGAGGUGGACGGGCUGACAGCCUAUGUGGCAGGCACCAGCACGCUGAGUGGCAGCAUCGCCCCAAUGGAUACUUGCGUGCGGCACUUCCUGCAGGCCACAGGCUGCAGUGUGGAGUGUGCUCUGGAGGCCGCGUCCCUGCACCCAGCACAGCUGCUGGGGCUAGAGAAGCGCAAGGGGACCCUGGACUUCGGGGCUGACGCAGACUUCGUGGUGCUCGACGACUCUCUUCACGUCCGGGCCACCUACAUCUCGGGCGAGCUGGUAUGGCAGGCGGAGGAGGCCAGGCCGUGA